CUAACUGUUACUCCCGGACAGCCUCGGUGAAUGAUCGAUCCCCUCCCGGCUACGGAGCCGCAUAUCUACCUCGGCAUCCCGCCUUUUCUUGUUUUUCUUCUUUCUUCCCAUAUGUCGCCAGCCACAAGCACUUUUCCAGUUCUCAACAACAACAUUGUUGCUUGGGGCGAAAUUCGUCAUGCCCAAGGCGGCGCCAUACGAUGUCCUGUUCGUGGACCAGUCUCAGAAUGAUCCCAAUCCUCUGCCGACUCCAAAUGAUAUCGACGGCUCCGAAGUCUUACUAAACCAGUCCAGCGGUUCUCGCCUCGUGAGGAUGCAGCAGAAAUUCGUCAUCAAGUUCGGCAUUCAUGUCCACCCCAUUGAGGCCCGGAACAUGCUGUACGUGGCAAAGUCCACGACGGUGCCGAUCCCCAGAGUCUACGCUAUCUACCAGCGUCAAGAGGAACGGGGCGUCGUCACAUAUAUUGUCAUGCAAUAUGUGGCCGGCACGACGCUUCUGAACCUGUGGAGUAGUCUGGACCGGGCUCGCAAAACCGCUAUUGCUAGGAUCCUUCGGACCUACUUCGAUCAACUCCGGCAACUGCAGCACCCAGGCUACUUUGGCAACAUCGCCGGCGGGCCGCCACUCGACGACAUGUUCUCGGCGACACGGGGUGCCCACGUGGUCAAGACAUCGUUUGCAGCCGAGGACGAACUGAUAGACUACAUCAUUCGGGUAUACUCGCUCUACCUCGGCGAGCGGGCGGCCCACAAGACUCGGUAUUACCAACAUGUCCUGCCGACUGUCCUUCGCGGCAAUGGCUCUCCCGUCUUCAGACACAACGACUUUCAGAGGAAGAACAUUAUGAUACAGCCCGACGAGACGCCGGUUAUAAUCGACUGGGAGUUUGCGUCAUGGUAUCCGACCUACUGGGAAUAUUCGACGGCUACGUUUGCCAACGGGGGUUGGAACGAUGAUUGGCACGACUACGUGCGCAUGAUCUUGGACGAAUACCCAACCCAGUCCCUUUGGUUAUCAAGCAUGAAGCUUGAAAUGUGGACGUGAGAUGGCGGGCUGACGAUGGAUGGCGAGACCAGAUGAAGGGGUCGCAGGCUAGGAGGAGGGAAUGCCUCAACACUGCACUCCUACAAAUACAGCUGUUGAAUUGGCCAAUUUUAAGGGCUCAAUUUGCGGCCCGAAAGGCCGUUUUUAUCAAUUAAUGCAUUCGUGUUGAACACAUCGAAUCGCGGAGGUCGCGUUGCGAGUCACGUCUCCGACACGAACAGAAGCUGAGCCGAAGCUGAGCCGGGAGCUGAACUGA